AUGUCACCGUCGCAAACUCACCAGGCACCGAGCGAUGAUGGCGAAAGCCUCGGGUCUGCGUCGAAAAAGAAGAAGUCAUCGCGCACGGAGAAGCACAAAAAGUCCAAGGAAGAAAAAAGCAAGAAGCACAAAGACGGAAAAAGCAAAGAGCCCAAAGAAGGAAAAAGCAAGGAGUCCAAGGAUGGCAAAACCAAGGAGCCCAAGGAUGGAAAAACCAAGGACAAGAAGAAGAAGGACAAGAGCAAGAAGGCCGAUGUUGACAUCACCCCUUCAAGCUCAGUCGUCCCUACGCCCCAGAAGCAAAGCGCGUCCAAGGUUUUGCCUUCAUCACAGAGAGAGCUGAGUCCUGAGAGUCCUGUUCAGAAUGCUCCAGCACCCCAAAUGCGAACAGUGCCUACGCCUCAGAAGGCGCCCGCCUCCACGCCGCAGAAGCAGCGUGCCUACACUCCCCAGAAGCAGCCGACCAAGACGGUUUCUCCAACUCGGCUGGAGGUUCAGAUCCCCAGCUCUUCCCGGCGUCGGGAAGAGUAUGUGGAGAUGACCUUGGACUCGAACGAUGAGAGUGUCGAGGUGACGCCCACCGCAGAUCCCAGGACCAAUCCUAAAUUUCUGUCUGGCAUGCAACUCCUGAGGAAAGAAGUAACAUCCCCAUUUAUUGCCAAGAACCAGGACGUGUUUGGCCCCGUGAUCCCUACGACACCCAAGAGCCAAGCUGGAAACAAGCCUUCAUCUGGAAAGAAGUCAAAGUCUGAGUGUAUCAAGAAAGAAAGUGUGAAGAAAGAAAAAGUCCCCACACCCUCGUCGGCGAAGAAGAAAAAGAAGAACGACCGCUACAUCCCCGACCCUGCUGAGGUAGUUCAGUUAUCAUCUGGAGAUGACUCUGACUCGGACCUGGAGCUUCAGGCUAUAUAUGACACUCCCAAGAGAAAGAGCGCUUCGAAGGCCACCACGCCGUCAAAGCAGAGUAUCGCAGCCGCGAUCAAAGCCCCGGCAUCAUCUGGCACCGUCGAUGAUUCGGAUGUCGAGUUCCAGGCCAUCCGCAAAACACCCCCUUCUAGAAACCGAUCGCAAAGCCAACCACCAAGCGCCAAGGUGUCCAUGACUGCUCAGCGCAGUGUUUCAACGCCCACGAAGAGCAGCCAGGUGGCUACACCGUCUUCACGCAGUGCCCGUGCAUCGGCAUCCAAGCCCGACGGAAAGGAUACAUUCCAGGAGAGAGCUAGACGAUGCCGCACCAUGUCGCCUUCGUUGGCUACGGACAAGACAAGCGGUUCCACGAAGCAGCAGCAAGCUGCUAAACCAAUGCCGGUACAAACUCAUAAACCUACAGCCAAGGGCACUCCGGCGGCUAUCAAGCAUACUGACUGCAUCGACCUCACCCAAACCAUGACAAGCGAUGAUGAGAGUUUUGAAAAGAAUCUCAUGGCUAGGUUCCGUGCCCGAAAGGAGGCUUUGAGAACCACGCAGACACCGGUUGUAGAGGCCCACACUGGGAAGAAGAGGUCAUGGGAAGAAAUGCACUCGAGCUCACCUGUUUCAGAGAAUGAUAAUCCGCCCAAGAAGCGCAAGCUGGAGAGUGUCGUUUCUCGCAUUGUGCGAAACAGCCUACGAGAGGAGGAGAAGCCAGUCAAUGGAGUGGAGACGUUCCGACAACGCCGCCGCAGAGAAUCGGCUGAGGCUCUUGCGUACUUUCAUUUAACAGGAUGGAAGAAACUGGACAAGAAGAACAAGCGGUCACCGGUUGCGAGCAAGACAAAGGGAAUCACAUCGCUGUUCUCUUGGACCGAAGUUCGCAAACUCAAGAAGAUGCUGCGCGAGAAGGCGGACUAG